CAAGUCAGAUCGGCAAACACUACACAAGCCGCUUUUGCAAAUGAUAUGUUUGUUUUUAACCUGCUGGUGUAGUCUUGGUGGUUACGAUAUGGCCUUCCACUAAAUAUGUCUGAUCAUGACGUUUGUAACCUCUGUCUACGCAAAUGAACAGUUUACAGCGUCGCUGCUCGUCAUAUGUAUCAACAGUUCUCUUCAAGGCUUCCAAAGUUAAAUUUUUAAUUGCGCUAAUCCCUAAACGAUUUGCCAAGAGACUGCCUGUGCUACACGAAAGAUGUGUCUGCGUUAUAAUUCUCUUGUAAUCAGCAUCCGGUCGCCGGCCAGUCCCAUUAAUGGAUAUCCCGUUAUACUUCAUUACAUUGCAGCUGCUCGCAUUACCGAUUCCGAGCGGGUUUAGCGAUUGUUCAUCGUUUGUCUAACAAAUCCUAUCGUCUGACACCAAUCAACCGGACAACGUCUGAUUCUGUGCUUCUGCAACCCGUUGCAGAACUGAAUGUUACUAAUAUUAUUCUAUCUGUCGGAAACCGGGAGACUGCCUCAUGUGUUUCCUGGCGUGCUUCGUUAAUGGUCAAAACUACCGUACCUUGUUCGGAUUUUGUUGGUCAAACCCUGUUAAGAAUGAAGUUUUUUUCAAGAUUCUUUUAGAACUUGUUUUUUAACGAAGCAGGUUUAAUUAGUUGACAUCUCCAACCGCCGCCGAUUAUUAGCUGGAGCCGUUUAUACUUCAUGGCAAAAAUUAUUAAAUUUGGGCGACUGUGACUUUCACGCUCGUCAUCGCUCACGAUAGUACGCGUACAUACGUACCUAAUUCCCCUUCUGCAUUUCUGGAGUCUGUUAGCUGUCAAUGUUUAAUUAUUCGUACUCUCGUUCCGCUGUUUGGAUAAUUAAUGUCCCCUUGGACUGGGCUUUCUAAAUCUUCGGAUCGCACGGCCAGCGGAUUUCCACAAUGGACUGGUGUUUUAAUUCUGCAAGAUGUUUUAAACUGUCUGAUCUUCUGAUUUUGUUUCUAUGCGCAUUUUCAUCCGUAUCGCAGUGGACAACACAACCCUCUGCGUCGGCAGUUACACUCUCUCCUACAGCCAUUGUUUGCCCUCGAAACUGCGAUUCAUCACUGUGUCAUAAAUAUUUCCGUGGUUUGACAUUGUGUCCUUGUUGUAUGGCGAAAGAGCGACAUCAUCCAGAUGGCUUCUGCCGCUUUCUGGAUAAAAUCAGAGCGACGACAGAGUGCUUGCAGGAUUAUACCUGCUUUGCCCUUCGUGCUGGAGCAGAAGGCGACCAGUUCGCUGACUUUAUCAACAUGCCGGUAGCGUGCUUAGAGCCAGUGGUCAUCUCCAAUUGUCCGAAUGUCGAAUUUAACGGGAAUCCCUAUCCGUGGAAAUGCAACUGCUCUGCCAUUAAGGAUAGCCGCGCAGGUUGCAAAUGUGAGCAGGCAAAACCAUCAUCAAAUAUUUUGGAUAAAACUCAAGCCUUUGACUGCUUAUGUAACCGGAAAUGCGCAGUAUCCCACCGGUUGCUCCCCAAGACCACAUUUAUUGACCCAUCCGCUUCAACAGAGCACGAUUGCACAGGAGUGACUUGUCCACCGGAAAACAUCAGCUGUCCGGAUGACAGUGUAUUAUUGGCAGGUGUACUGCAUCCGGAUCAGUGCUGUCCUACACCUUCACGAUGCCAGUGCAAAGCCAAAUGUCCACCGACGGUUUGUCCUCGGGCCACUAGUAUGACAAUGAUUCGGCGCGCUACCCACGCACCCGGUUCCUGCUGUGAUCGUUUUGUGUGCACUAGUGUGCAGCAGCGAUCUUCACGCACCAAUGAUAGUGCUACUGAUCGCUUAACCUGCCUGUAUGACAAUGAGGAGUACAUGGAUGGUGAGAACUGGACAGAUGGGGACUGCAUCAAAUGCCAGUGUAAAGGCGGGAUAGCCUUCUGCAGCCACGAACAGUGUCCUAGAUUGCACUGCGACCAGCCCAUACUCAAAAAAGGGACAUGUUGUCCUUCUUGUGAUGGAUGCGUAACGGCAGCGGGUGUCACACACAAAGAAUUUGACGUCUGGAAGGAAGAUGACUGUGUGCAUUGUUCAUGUGAGAACGGACAAAUUCGCUGUCGAAUUGAAGACUGCCAAGCCAAUUGCCGCAAUCCGAAAAAGAUUGAUGGGCAGUGCUGUCCAGUGUGCGACAAUGAUGAUGUGUCUUUCGUCGCCUUUCCAACAAACUGUCCGCAGCAUAAGUGCGAAAAACUUUGCCGCCACGGUUACGUCAAUGACUCCAAUGGUUGUUACAAGUGCGAAUGCACAGUCGAGAACUGCACACUAACAUGCGAAUUUGGCUACGAAACCGACACGAUUAGCGGAGAGGCCACAUGCAGCUGUUUGCGUAAUACGGUGCAGGAAGCGCGUAACCUGAUCGGCAACAUCAGUGCCAUGUGUCCUAACGCCACCAAUUGCACGGACACUUCGUGUCGUCUCAAUCAUGACCAGCCGGAUGCCAACGGAUGUCCACGUUGUGUAUGCGAUCGAUGUCCCGAAUUCCGCAUCGAAAAAUGUCCUGUUGAUUGUAUUCAUGGGUAUCAGUACGAUGCGAAACAGUGCCUGACGUGCAACUGCAUCAGUCAGGAUGAUGCCGAUGAUCAUCAUAUACUUACAAGCAGCACUGAUUCUGUGUCGACGAGCAGCUCCAUUUACAUCGCCUACACAUCCUCCGAGGAGAACUUAACACAGUCGACGACAUCUUCAUUAUCGGUGUCGGCCAAAACAACACUGGCCAGCCCGCUGCCGGAAGCAGCGCUGCGGUCGGUGUUAUGCGCUAAUGGAACGGAAGAAAUGCAUCCCUGGACAGAAGGAUGCCACACUUGCAUAUGCUAUAAUGGAAGAAAAUUGUGUGAUGUACAGUUUUGCCAGAAACCAGACCAAAAGAGGCCGGAAAAUGCAUCUGAUCAGGAAUGCUGUGAUAAUAUUUAUGGCUCGCGUUCCGAGUUUUCUCAACCACCAAAGACGUUAUGUGAAGCCCUACCGGACGGGACACCCAUCGGAGAUUCACACUGGCUGCCGAUGAAACUUUGUGGUACCUGCAUCUGCCAGAAAGGCAUUAUAUACUGCACAGAAGAUCCAUGCCCUUUGGACGUUUGCAACGGCACGUUGGUACAGCAGGACUUCGCCUGCUGUCCAUCGUGCAUCGACCACCCAGAAAACGACCAUUCCACACAAUUGCCCGCAAACCAUCGAGCGCAGACGGGUUGCCAAACGCAGCAGCAGACUUUCCCAUCGGGUGCAACAUGGUGGGAAUCGGCGUGCCGAUCGUGUCAGUGCAUCAACGGUGCGGUCCAGUGUCAGGAGGUCCAGUGCAGCAAACUGGAUUGUGACCUUGCUAUACGGCAAAAGGGCAAAUGCUGUGACACGUGCUUGAAUACGACACUCGAUGUGGGCUGCAUUUACGGCGGCAAAACGUUUCGAAGCCGUGAUCACUGGAAACCAUCCGAGUGUUCAUCGUGCGCCUGCUCCGACGGUCAAGUUAUAUGCGAGGAGUUGAACUGCCUACCAUUAUGCAGAAUUAAUAGCCUUGGGCCCUGCUGUAACGGAUGCAACUUUGAGACAAAACUGCAUACGAAAAAGGUCAACGAUAAUACUAACGCAUCUCCGACGGAAGCGCCUUAUCAGGCCGAGUGGAUGUUCCCCUUCUUCAUCAUUGUCAUUUUUCUCAUAAUUAUCCUGAUCGCGCUUUUCUUGCUGGUCAAGAAAUGCCGCAAUAAGCGAACAAUUCUGUACAGUCGACCGGAAGUGACGCGACUGGAGUCACCUGAUACGGCCUCUUCAUCCAAAGCAUCCACAUUGCACAAACCUCAGCAGAGUUCGUUUUUCUUUUCCGUGAAAAAGAAUCAAGUACCGGUGUGAUGCGGAAACACAAUCCACAGCAUCGGACGCCGUUCCCUCGGCUUCUCCCUGUCUUUGACAAGCUUAUUGUGAUUAAUUGCCGCAUGGGUGCUGCCUGAUCGGCCGGUGCGUGCAGCCUUUACAACUCAACUAAUACCAAGCAUCUCUCCCAAUUAGGUAUAUAGUUAUUAUUACUAUUGUUAUUGCUGCUAUGAGCUGCAUCCUGAACUUCAGUUUUGGGGUAAUCAGACAUUUUGAUCUCAUCUUCUGCAUUCGACGCGGGUUGGGUUGAACAGACAUGGCUAUUGCAUAGCUCGAUGUCUUGGAUAAAAAAUGAGUAAUAUUCUUUAUUGAAAAUUCUGCCUAAGUGUGUCUUUGGGUGCAAAACUGAAAUGCCAUGCAGCGUAAUGUUUAUGCUCUGUUAUUAUGACCGUUUUCUCAGCAACUGAGAUUUUUAACGAUCAUGUACAUGGCUUGUUCUAACAAAUAAAUUUAAUGGCAAUAAAACUGACAAAUAUGCUGCACGUUGACUUAG